UGAGGAAAGGCGGAGGCGGGGGUCCGCCGGCUAUAUAAGCCCUGCGAGCGGCCGCCGUUCUUUCUGCUGUGCCGAGCUCCUUACUGUGUGGAGAGGGUUUGACGCUGGUGCUGCCUGUUACCGCCGCCGCCGGUUUUUUUCCCUUUUUUUUUAAGCUACCCCCUUCCUUUAUUCGACUCAUUCCCGCCAUCAUGGGCAACCCGGUCGUGUUUUUCGACGUCUGCGCCGACGGCGAGCCCUUGGGGCGCGUCACCUUCGAGGUACGAAGAGAGCCGUUAAGGCUGGAGCGAGGAGAGAGGGGCGCGCCUGAGGAGGACUCGGCUCCGCCGCCAUUUCCUGCCGGGGAGGGAGUUCGGGGCCAUUUUGGGACCGGUGUGUGUGCACGGGGAGGGUGGGGGCGGUUUGGAGCAACGGGCGCCGGUUGCGGGGGGAGGGGGCGCCAUCGCCUCACUGCGGCGCGAGAGGGGCUGCGCGCGCACCCGGGCGGCCUGGCCCGGCCCGGGGGGGGGGGACGGCAACAGAGGAAGGGAAGUGGGCGCGCGCGGACGGGCGUCGCCUCCUCCACGUGGCCUGCGCAGCCUGCCCUGGGGGAAGCGGUUGCUGGCUGCCGCCGCCUUUGUUUCCCUCGCCGCCGCCGCCGCCGCGCCUUUCUCGCUCUUCUCUGCGCGGGGAAGGGACGGGCUGCUAACGCCGCCUGCAAGGCCCUUGGCUGUUGUCGCCGCCGGCGAGGCUCUUCACGCCUCGCCCCUGACGCUGCCCAUUCUCCCCACGCCUUUGCUGCAGAGAUGGGAGGAGGGCCGGGGGCGGCAGUGGGGGGGGGGCUAGCCUCCACGUUUGGAUUAUUUUCCGUGGUAGUUUGCAGGGCAUUUUUUUUUAGUGAAACGAGGCUUAAGGAUUGCCUUACGGGCGUCUUUAACGGACCCCCCCCACAUUAUAAUGCAAGUGCUGUGCGGACGAGCCCCUUCUUAGAUCGCAUGAAGGGAGGUAUAGGCAAGGCCUGGAUUCUCGGGCUUUCUGUUCCCCCCUCUCCCGAUCAGGUUUUCCUUGCUAGCAAAAGCGCCAAAUGGCGGGCUGCGGUCUCCCGUGCAUAUUUCCUUAGCUGGGUUUCCUGCUCCUUUUCUUCACGGUAAUGCCUUGCGUGGAGCAAGGAGAUUCGUGCACCGAAAAGCUGCGAGUGUAGCUUUGUUUUCCUUGACCCGCGAUUUUAGUAAGAAAAUCUUCACUCAUCCAAGCCCACCGCAGAGGUUAGGGAUGGCUAUGAAAGGUUACUUCUGCUCCUUGUAACGUUUUGAUGGAUCGUGUCUGCUUUGUGCGGGGGGAAAUAAGUGGGUUAGAUUUCAGUGCGGGGUUUCAAAGUGCGACAAAUGAUUGCACCAUAGAGGUGGCUGUUGCAAGUUUUACCCCGUAUGCGAAUGGUGCUAGAGCCAGAUUGAGCACGGUGCACGCUAGUGUUGUCCAGCUAAUUUGUACCUGGCGUGAGUCCUGUCACUGCAGCAAAGAAUAAAUGGACAGUAUGCCGAUUUGAUUUGGGAAGUGGGUGGAACACUUUCUGCCUUUUCCAAAUUAUGAAAAUUCUGCCUUGUUGGAUGUCUUUUGUUCACUAGCUAAAGUUGUGCCAAAACAAAAUGCAGUUGUAUGUAAAGUAGAUUUGUUAUGAUUACACUUUUAACUGGUGGUAAUAAAUAUGGUGAGUAGACAGUAAAUCGUUUUUGCCUGAUUGCAGCUGGCCUCAAUAUUUAGCAGUAGAUGGUACAGUGGUGCCUCGCAAGACGAAAUUAAUUCGUUCCGCAAGUUUUUUCUUCUUGCGAGUUUUUCGUCUUGCGAUGCACGGUUUCCCAUAGGAAUGCAUUGAAAAUCAGUUAAUGCGUUCCUAGGGAGCCGACUUCAGACCAGGUCCGGGGACAGUCUGUCCCCGACCUCUUCUGAAGGCUGGGGGGGGGGGGACAAGGGCUUUCUUCCCACCCCCAGCAUUUUAAAAAACCCCGGGACAGCGGAGAGCUUCUCCGCUGUCCGGGGCGAUCUUAAAAUGCUGGCGGGCGGCAUUUUAAAAUUGCCCCGGGACAGCGGAGGACUUCUCCGCUGUCCGGGGCAAUUUAAAAGCCUCUGGGAAGGCAGGCAGGGGGACAAAGACUUUUGCCCCCGCCAGCCUUCAGAAGAGGUCCUGGACCUCUUCUGAAGGUUGGCGAGGGCGAAAGUCUGUCCCCCACCUGCCUUCAAAAGCUGUCCAGCCAAGGCUUCGCGGACCUCUCCGCAAGCAGCGGCAGCGCUGCCGCUGCUCGCGGAGAGUUGCCGGCAUGCCGAGCCUGCGCGCGCUGAGAUCAGCGCGCCCAGGCUUCAGCGGACCUCUCCGCGAGCAGCGGCAGCGCUGCCGCUGCUCGCGGAGAGCUGCCGGCAUGCCGGAGCCUGCGCGCGCUGAGAUCAGCGCGCCCAGGCUUCGCGGACCGGAGAUUUCCCUAUGGGCUUUCGUCUUGCGAAGCAAGCCCAUAGGGAAAUUCGUUUUAUGGCGCCUCCAAAACGGAAAACCCUUUCGUCUAGCGGGUUUUUCGUCUUGCGAGGCGUUCGUCUUGCGGGGCACCACUGUAGUUAAGUCGACCAUUUUUAUUAGAAGACUAGAAGGAUUCUGGUUUGUCAGAGCUCCCUCUAGAGUGCUCUUCAAUCUAAGGCAUAAGCAUGCUGUAUCAGUCUAAUGUGCCUUGAUCCUAUCAAUUAGCUUCUGCCUUGUAUUAUUCCUGCAGAGUUCAGUUCGAUAAAUGAGUCAACAGUCAGUUUUGAUUUGCAGAAUAGGAUGUUUUCAAUUUAUAGCAUCCCUUGCAAUACAUAUAUUUUGGUGCAUGUUGCUAGAAUUAAUGACACUGAUAACUACAAAUGGUUAACAGGAUAGCUUGAAUGAUUGUUAUACGCCAUAACCACCCAGGUUAAAUAUUUUAAAAGGCAGUGGUUCUCUUGGUAAAGCAAUACAGCAAGAAGGAUCAAUGAGACUGGGAAAAUUAAGGGAGUUAAGUAAAAACGUGUCUAUUCAAACUGAAUGUCAUUAAUUGACUUCUGUUUUUGUCCCACAGCUAUUUGCAGACAAGGUUCCAAAGACAGCAGGUUUGUACAUUUGAAGUGCCUUCAUCUCCAGGCAUGUUUGUUGGAAGUAAUUUUUCAAGGAUCUAAGAAAAUGUGGAAGGCUGUUCUUACAAAUGUCUGCCUCUGAUUUCAGAGAAUUUCCGUGCCUUGAGCACUGGGGAGAAAGGUUUUGGUUACAAGGGUUCCUGCUUCCACAGAAUCAUUCCUGGGUUCAUGUGCCAGGUAUGUAGCAGUUAUGAUUUUAGUCUUACAGUAUUUGAAUUGCACUGUUGAUGAGAUUCAUUCAUAUAAAAAGCAUUACAGUCCUGCCUUGUCAUGUUUUACGAUUUAUGAUAGUCUGGUCCCUAGACUUUGACCUUUUCUGCUUGCAUAAUUGCUCUUCUGUCCUGAAUCCAUAUAUAUAUCACCCAGUGUCAGGUUUCAGCUACAUGUGUAUAUUGUUUUUCUAUAGGGUGGUGACUUUACUCGUCAUAAUGGAACAGGUGGUAAAUCAAUUUACGGUGAGAAGUUUGCUGAUGAGAACUUCAUCCUCAAGCACACAGGUGCUGGCAUCUUGUCUAUGGCAAAUGCUGGUCCCAAUACAAAUGGGUCUCAGUUCUUCAUCUGCACUGCCAAAACUGACUGGUGAGUACUUUGAGACUCUCAACAGUGAACUUAGGCAUUAGUUCAAAUGGAAUAGAAUACCCUGAGCCUGAAGUAGAAGGUUGUGUUUUGUCUAAAGUUACACCAAACAUAAUAGCCAAGCAUAAUUUCUUGGCUAGCAUAGUUAUUGCCUGCUGCCUGUCCCCUAAAAUCUUCUGAAUGUUGACAGGAUGGUAGCCUUAAAUGUAUUUGGAACAGCUUUAUGAAAUAACAAAAAUCACAAAAGCAUUCUAAAUUCUAACCAAUUUAUUUCCUUAGGUUGGAUGGGAAACAUGUGGUCUUUGGCAAAGUCAAAGAUGGAAUGAAUAUUGUGGAAGCAAUGGAGCGCUUUGGGUCAAGGAACGGCAAGACAAGCAAGAAGAUCACCAUCUCUGACUGUGGGCAGCUGUCAUAAAAUUCCUUUGUCUUAACAAUCAACCAUUCCUUCUGUAGCUGGGGUUAGUCCCCUGUAAUCCUUGUGCUCCUGACUUACUUGCUGCUUUUCUAUUCGGUUUCAAUUUCUGCUCCCUCACAAGUCCAGCUGGACUGAAGACAACUUUGUUUGCAAAGUGAAAUAAAACGAGUUAAACCACA